GGAGUCAUCGUAGGGUUUCCUCGCUCGUCACUGACGAUUUCAUGAAACAGUCUUGUUUUUCUGAGUAAAAAUGCGCUGCCUUUUUUGGGAUAGUGAGUUUAUCGGAAAGAUGUCUGAGAGAUGCUCGGUCCUGCAGAACAUCACAUCUGCUCUUUGCUGCUUUUACCACAAGCCUUCGGUCAUCAAAGCACAGUUCACCCAGGAGAGUGCCAGUUUGGAGAGCAGUGCAGAGAAGCUUCACAAGGAGCUGGUGGUGGAGCUGAAGUGGAGCAGUGAGGAGCCUCACAAUCACUCCUGGUACCACGGAGCCCUACCCCUACAGGUAGGAGAACACCCGAUCACGAGGGACGGCAACCUCCCAAACUGUGAUCCCCUGUCCAGUCCGGGCAGCUACACUCUAACCUGCCAGUGGAAGGACACACCACAGCACUUCAAGAUCACCAAGGGGGUGGCAAUGGCAAGCGAGGCCUACAAGCAAGCCCAGUAUCUGCUGGAGGGGGAGGCCUGUAAGAGCAUGCCAGCACUGGUGUGUCACUAUGUAGGUAACUGUAAGCCCCUCUCAGAACAGGUGGGGCCAAUAAUCUCCCAACCUGUAAACCGAGGGCUGCCUCUCCGCUGUCUGGAAGAAAUCUACGGGUCACAGGCAGUGCUGCUCAUGCACAGGGCAGAGCCCUGUAGAUGCCUGUGUGUCAGCAUCCUAAAUGAGAAUAACCAGGGACGUCCCUGCUACCAUGGCAACCUCCUGAGGACAGAAGAGCGGUGUCUGAGCCAGCCAAUGUGUGCGAACAGGAGGCAAACCUUCACAUCCUGCCAGUCAGAGAGCAUCCUUCAUCACGGCUUGAAUACAAAAUGCAUGGAGACUCUGCUAGGAACCAGGCCUUUACUGUUCCGGAUGGGGAACGAGCCACCGCUGAGCCCCCCUAUGUCAAGGAUGGCCUAUAAGGGGUUGACUGAGGUGUCCUUCAUGAUGUCUGGCAAUCACCUGUGUUCCGACCUGCCCACCAAACCCAGAAAGGCUUCCUCUGGGAAGCUGGCCCAUGUCCUCCACACACAACUCCUUGACCCUUCUUUCCAAUCCGCACAACAGCUGAAACACUGCUAUUCUGACCUGAACUUUGGUGAGUGGAGAACCUUUGGCCUGGCUCUGAAGGACAGACUUUUCACUCCUCUCUCUAACACUGGUUUCAUGGAAAGGCUGAAGACAGAUGAAGAUGAAUACAGUUGUCAGCGGAAGCCUGAAGCCUGUCUUACUAAGCUGAACCAGAAUCUUCACUGCCUUGACCUUGAUGUUCUGGAUGUUCAUGGCAAGAAGAAAGGCCAUAUGUUGUUACAAGGGAUGUCAGAGGAAGGAAAAAUGAAUAAACUACACCAAAAAGAACAGAAAAAGAAAUGGUUCCAACCACCUAUGUUCCAGAAAACAUCAGCGUUUUCUCCUAGAGAGUUCAGAUCAAGGCUCCUCCCCUUUGAGAACAAACCUCUUGAAAUGUCCUUACUGAAGAAGAUUAACAAAUUGCUGGACCGUCAAAACCAUAGAACCAUCGCAAAGCACAUUUUACAGGCUGACUGCAAGGUUGCAAGAAUAUUGCAUAUUGCUGAAGAGGUCAAAGGUGAAAUGGGAGUGAACUCAGGCUUGGAGCUUGUGACCCUUCCCCAUGGCAAACAGUUGCGUCAAGACUUGAUGGAAAGGCACAGCACCAUGGCUUUCUGGGUGGCAGUAACCAUCCUGGCCUGCACUGGUCAUCCGGAGGAGCGGGCUGCUGCCCUCAACCGCUUUCUUCUCAUAGCCCGGGAGCUGAAGGACUCCAUGGGGGACCUCUUUGCCUUUUCUGCCAUUCUGAAGGCUCUGGAAAUGCUCCAGAUACGGAGGUUAGAGCACAGCUGGACCAGUCUGAGAAGGAAACACCCGCAGACUGCCGUCAUGUAUGACAAGUGCCUCAAGCCUUUUUUCAAGGGUUUAUACGAAGGCAGCAUAGCUGUUCCUCCAGACAGUACCACGGUACCACUCCUGAUGCCCCUACUCACACUCAUGGAGGGACCCCCCGUGGCCACUGACGAUGGCGACAUAUGGGAGAGCGACGACCUGGGCUGCGACACCACACUGCAGCACCUAGAGAUGGCUCGGGUCAUGGCGUGGAAUGCAGAAGCGUGCGCCACCAACGCUGAGUGCAUCCUCCAGGAGUUCCAACCCGAUGAGGACUUGGUGCAGAUUUUCACCACGGACUUCCAGCUGCGACUUCUCUGGGGCAGUCGAGGGGCCCUUCUGAACCAAAAGGAGCGGUUUGAGAAGUUCAGUCUCAUUCUUACUGCUCUCUCCAGGAAGUUAGAACCAUCGGUCAAGUAACUGUGUUCUUAUGAUUCCGACCUAUGUAUCCAGACCCCUAGAACUGAAGAUUAAUAUUAGUGUUGACACACAUAUGCAGGAAAUAUUUUUUUCCAUAAUUCGGAAAAGCACUGCUUGCAUUGGCAUUUCAGUAUGUAAACUUUCAAUGCGAUUUACAUAUACAGUAGUGUUAAUAGUGCAUUAACAUGACCUUGUUGUGCAGUCAAACAGAACCAGCGUUUUUUUAAUUGCUCAAGCAGAAUAAUUAUGUUCUUUGGCUGUCUGUACAUUGACUUGGAAUAUUACAGUUUUGAACACUAGUGGGCACAUGAUUUACUAUAAUGUAAUUUGUUUUAAGUUUAAUAUAUUUAGUUUGUAAUGACCAAAACAUGUAAUAAUUUUGCUGAAAAUUUAACAUAAAUACAUAUACCAUAAUUCAAU